AUGGGAAUACAUCAUUAUAUUUUCGAGUUAGUUGCUCCUACUACUGCUAUCGGUGCCGUUUUUGUUCUUCUUAUAGGGCCUGUAUUCUUCCCACGUGUUUAUAUUUGGUUUUUGUUGGCUUACUUCACAACUUUUUUAUAUAUUUCUGUAAACCAUUUUCUAAAAUUUUGUUUAACUGUACGGAACAUCAAAAAGAACAUUAGAGAUUGGAAUUCAAAACAAGAACAACAAUCUUCUUCACGAGAUUAUGAUUCUAAGGAAGUGGUUAAAAGUACCGCUACCAAUAAUGGAAGGAUAACUCCAACGAGAAACGGUUAUACAUCUAUAUCUAUGAAUGAUGAUGACAAUAAAUACAGCGAGAUGGAAAGUGCGCUUAAAUAUGAAGGACAUUAUAUUCAUGCUUUCGUUAUUCCAAAUUAUGAGGAACCAGAGCCGUUAUUGAGAGACACUAUCAAAAGAUUGGCUCAACAAAGGAACGCUACCACGGCUUAUGUUAUCAUAUUGGCAAUGGAAGAGUCUGAGACUGAUCAUGCUUCAAAGGCUGCAAGCCUUAAGAGAACUUUCGAUGGCUCUUUCCGUGACUUUAUUAUAACGGUUCAUCCGAAAGAUGUCCCAGGUGAAAGUCGAGGCAAGGGUAGCAACGUCGCAUAUGCAGCUCGUGAGGCAUGUGAAAUUUUGGCACGAAAAGUCGACAAACGGCACGUAGUGUUUACAAUCACGGAUUCGGAUUCUGCAAUUCCGGAACUUUAUGUUCGUCAAAUUGAAAAGGCAUUAUCAGAAUCAGAAGAUCCUUAUAGUACUAUUUGUUCUCCCCCAAUUUUCUUUUCGAGAAAUGCAUUGGACGUCCCUGCUGCUGUUCUUGCUGAGCAAGUUGGUUUCUGGGAUACCGAUAAGGAUGCUGUUGGCGAAGAUCUACAUAUGUGGCUUAAAUGCUUUUUCAAAACUGGUGGUGUUGCUAGAUCUGUUCCUAUAUUUGUUCCGAUAAAUCUUACCAACGUUCAAACUACCGGUUAUUUUUCAAAUAUUUAUGCUCGCUUUGUUCAGGCUAAGCGUCAUUAUAAUGGUGUUGCCGACGUUGCUUAUUCAUUGAAAUCCGCCUUCAGUGGUGAACAACAUUCUACCACUGAUACUGAAUCACUUCUUUUGAGUUCUACUUUAAUGCCAGUUUAUACUCCCUCUUCUGGAAAACGACCGUCCUGUCUUAUGUCCUGUUCGUUUUUUGACAAGUUAGUUGUGGUUCUCCAUGUCCUUGAAGCUCACAUGAUUCCAUGCACGUCUGGUUGGUUAAUGUUUGCUGCGGUACCUAUAACACAAUUUUUGUUGAUAUCCACGUAUUCACCCAUAUCUAGUUAUUAUCCAAAUUUCCAAAAUCCAAUUAUUACUUCAGAGUUUUAUGCAUAUAUGUUUUCUCUAGUACAGGCGGUGAGCGUAUUAUUACCUAUGCCUUUACUCUUGUGCGCAAUGCUAUACGAAGGAUUACAUAGGACGGUAGAUGCCGAACUAUUUAAGAAAGGUGUUAAUGAAACACGGACGUGGAAAAAUUACAUGGAUUAUGCUUGGUUACCUGUUAGCGCUUGGUUAUUUAUGACUUUGCCAAGUACUUUGGCUUGCGUUAAAAGACUUACUAGAAGUAAUGAUAAAUAUGUUGUAGCCGCUAAAAAUAUAUUCACUGAAGCUCUUACAGAAUAA